GUUCAUGUAAACCUAUGUACAAUUAUACAGUUAUCAAUUGUUUUCCUUUUGUGACAGAAGCCAGAAUUUGUCCAUGUACUGAAGAUAAGACAUGCCUGGAGCCAACUCUUCAGACCAGCUUCCAACCCAUUUCAUCCUAUUAGGCUUCCCGGGUCUGGAGCGCUCUUACUUUUACAUUGCCUUCAUCUUCACCAUAGUUUAUGUGACAUCUGUUAUUGGAAACUUCACUCUUCUUUUCAUCAUCAAGAUAGACCGGACUCUCCAUGAACCCAUGUACUUCUUUCUCUGUAUGUUGUCUGCUAUUGACCUGGUCCUGUUCAACUCCACCACACCCAAGAUGUUGGGGAUCCUUUGGUUCGGCAUCCACGAGAUUUACUUUGAGGCCUGUCUCACACAAAUGUUCUUCCUCCAUACCUUUGCUGUAAUGGAGUCUACGCUACUCCUAGCCAUGUCCUUUGAUCGAUAUAUUGCCAUUUGUCAGCCCUUAAGAUAUAAUUCAAUAUUGACAAAAUUGCUCAUUACCAACAUUGGACUGUUGGCCAUCGGUAGAGCCGUUGCACUAACAAUUCCAUUACCGUUCCUUAUAAAAAGACUACCCUUCUGCUCUACCAAUGUCAUCCACCAUUCCUACUGUGAGCACAUGGCUGUUGUGAGAUUGGCCUGCACUGAUACCACCUUCAACAGUAUCUAUGGCCUUGUGGUGGCCAUGGGUAUUGUGGGGCUAGACCUGAUCCUCAUCAUCUUGUCCUACGUCUUCAUUCUUCAGGCUGUGUUCCAACUGGCCUCAACAGAAGCCCGGUAUAAGGCCCUCAGUACAUGUGCAUCUCAUAUUUGUGCCAUCCUUUCACUCUACGUGCCUGUUGUCGUCUCCUCGGUGGUCUACCGCCUCGGGAAAGAUGUCCCAAUCCACAUUCACAUCUUGUUGGCCAAUGUCUACCUGAUGCUUCCACCUCUAAUUAACCCUAUUGUGUACGGUCUGAGAACCAAACAAAUUCGGAACAGAAUUAAAUCCAUCGUUAAAGUGGAUUUUAUGUGUUUUAUAAGAGUCAAUGCUGAAGAAAUUGCAAUAAAAACUAUGCAAGUUCCAAAAUGGGAACAGAAUUAA